AUGCCCUACGUCAUGCGAAUCUACUGCGACGGUGGCUGUCGAGGCAAUGGAAGGCCCGGCGCAAUCGGCGCAGCAGCCAUCGUGUGGAAGAAGCAGAAACAGACGUGGAGGCAUCGCUCCUCAGUCGCUUUGCCUCGCAGUCCUCCCCCCACCAACCAGCGGGCCGAGCUGACUGCUAUCAUUCUGGCCCUGACAAAGGCACUGGAGAAGUACGAGGCUCUCGAUAGCUAUCCCUACGUCAAAGUCAACAUCAAAACGGACUCGAAGUACGCGAUCGGAUGCAUGAACGAGUGGAUCCAUACAUGGAGGAAGAAUGGUUGGAGGAAUUCAAGGGGCCAGGAAGUCGUCAACCGCGAUCUCAUUCAAUACGCUUAUGAUCUAGACCAGAGAUUGAAAGCAAAGGGAACCGUGACCUAUCAGUGGGUCCCGAGAGAGGACAACAAGGUUGCCGAUCAAUUGGCCAACGACAACAUGGACAGCCAGUAA